AUGGAGUGCCGUGCCAUUGCCUUCCAGAGCACUGUCCACCUGUCCCUGGACAUCCCUGCCCAUGCCAUUUGUGUGCUGGGCACGGAGAUCAGCCUGGACAUCAGUAGGUGUGCCCCCAAGAACUGCGAGAGCUUCACCGUCCGCGCCUCUCCGAGGGUCUUGGUGGACGUGGCGGGCACAGUGAUUUCGGGGAAGGAGGACGCUGUGAUCUGCCGGUCGCUGUUGGAUACCUCGCACGUGCUGGUGAGGAUGGUAUCGCCCAGCGUGUCCGUGGACGAGGACAAGGUGCUGGUCUCUUACUAUCAUCCCAACGAAGAGGUCCCCAUGGCCACGGCUCUGUUGUACCUCACUGGCAUCGAGGUGAACCUGGAGGCGGACAUCUAUCGUGACGGACAACUUGAAGUGCCGAGUGACAAGCAGGCUAAGAAAAAAUGGGUCUGGGGCCCCAACGGAUGGGGAGCCAUCCUGCUCGUGAACUGCGGCCCCGCCGACGUGAGCCAGAUCACGGACAAGUCCAAGGUGUUCUCAGAUGAAAUAAGGAAGCUGUCACAGAUGAGUCUGACCGUCCAAGGCCCCAGCUGCAUCUUGAAGAACUACAAGCUGGUCCUCCACACCUCCAAGGAAGAGGCGGAGAAGACGAGGGUCUACAGGCCCCAGAGUGAGUACUCCUGUGCCUAUCAGCUGGUGCUGGGGCUUGGCUGGCACUGCCAUGCCCUGGGCCCCCUGGAGAAUUUCCAGAAGGAGACCUUCUACGUAGAAGCCACAGAGUUCCCGUCUGCCAGCUUCUCGGGCCUCAUUUCCUUCUCUGUCUCCCUGGUGGAAGAGUCCCAAGACCUGUUGAUUCCUGAGAUCCCGAUAUACAAAGACACCGUCGUGUUCCGGGUGGCUCCCUGCAUCUUCACCCCCAGCACCCAGAUGCCCCUGGAGGUCUACCUGUGCAGAGAGCUGCAGCUCCAGGGCUUUGUGAACGCUGUGACGGAGCUGAGUGACAAGAGUGACAGCCAGGUGGCCCCUGUCUACGAGGACCCCAACCGCCUAGGCAGAUGGCUCCAGGAUGAGAUGGCCUUCUGCUACACCCAGGGUCCCCACAGGACGGUCUCCUUCAUCCUUGACACCCCCCGGGCCAUCAAUCUCGAAGACUUCCCCAUGAAAUACUCGCUGAGCCCUGGUAUUGGCUAUAUGAUCCGACGCACUGAGGACCACAGGGUGGCCAGCCUGGAUUCCAUUGGGAACCUGAUGGUGUCCCCACCAGUCAAAGCCCACGGGAAGGAGUACCCCUUAGGCAGGGUCCUCAUUGGCAGCAGCUUUUACCCCAGCGCACAGGGCCGGGCCAUGAGUAAGACUCUUCAAGACUUCCUCUGUGCCCAGCAGGUCCAGGCACCGGUAGAGCUCUUCUCCGACUGGCUCAUGACUGGCCACGUGGAUGAGUUCAUGGGCUUCGUCCCCAUAGAUACCAAGAGUGACAAAAAGGGCUUCCGGUUGCUCAUAGCCAGCCCCAGCUCCUGCUACAAGCUGUUCCAGGAGAAACAGGAGGAGGGUUACGGGGAAGCGACCCUGUUUGAGGACAUCAGAGCAGACCAGCUUCUCGCCAAUGGAAGGAAGGCCAGGACCAUCAAUCAGCUCCUGGCAGACAAGAGCCUGAGGAGGCAGAAUGACUAUGUGGAGAGGUGCAUCGACCUGAACAGAGCCAUCCUGAAGAGGGAGCUGGGCCUGGGGGAGAAGGACAUCAUCGACGUCCCCCAGCUCUUCUGCCUGGAGCGGCUGACAAACAUCCCCUCUGAGCAGCAGACCCCGAAACUCCUCGCCAGGGCUUAUUUCCCCAACAUGCUGUGCAUGAUCGUGAUGGACAUGAACCUGGGGAUCCCCAAGCCCUUUGGGCCCCAAAUCAAGGGCAUCUGCUGCCUGCAGGAGAAGGUGCGCCAGCUGCUGGAGCCCCUGGGCCUCGCGUGCACCUUCAUCGACGACUUCGACUGUUACCUCACUGAGGUCGGGGACUUCUGCCCGUGUGCCAAUGUCCGCCGGGUGCCUUUUGACUUCAAGUGGUGGAAGAUGGUGCCUUAGCCCCAGGCCUGGCCCAGCGUGGGGCUGGCUGGAGGGUCCAGCGAUGCCCCUUCCCUGCCCCUUCCCCUUGUCCCUCAGACCCACUAGGGUGGCAAAUGCCACCAGCCCCAAACCCCUUGGAGAGGAAGGUGGAAAACCACCUCAGCCAAGUGUUGACCGCGCCAAUAAAGCCCUAGCUGUCGAGUGCA